AAACAAACAAGUCUGGAACAAAAUUAUCAUAAUUUUUUCAAAAGCUUUUGUAAAAGUUUAAUGUUAUAGUAGGAAAAAUUGUUGUUUUUGAUUGAAUUGGUAUGGUUUACCUUUGGCUUUGGAAAUUACCAUUUGAACUAGAAAUUGUUAAUCAUAAAGAAAUAUGUUUGUGUUAAGUAAACUUUAAACAAUUUGGCAUUAUGCAAUAAAAAUUAAACUUUUUUUAGUAGAAUUGUGCCGACAACCUACCGAAAUCAUAAACAAUGAGAACGAUUUUUGGGGAGGGAGUAAUUAAUUCUAAAAAUUUUAAUUUUUAAUCGAACUUUCGGAAUGACUUUUAGUUAUAGUUCGUUUUUCGUUAAGUGAAGGUGUAGAGUGACUAAUUUGACCAAAAUGUUAAGUUCUUUUUAUGAUGACGAAGAUAAACAUGAUAUCGACAAGAAAAUUUCCGACAUCAUCGCUUCGCACAUGAGGACCUCACGCUUGGACCACAGGCUACUCGGCGACGGUGAAUAUGAAGACUUCUUGAUAAAGGAGAAGCCGUACUUCAGUCAGAAAUACGAGGAAGCUUACAGGAAAUCGAUCUUGAAUCCUGAAGAAUUUUGGGGGGAAAUUGGAAAUCUUGUUACGUGGACCAAACCCUGGGAGAAAGUUUUGGAUAAUUCGCAUCCACCAUUUACAAAAUGGUAUGUUGGAGGAGAGUUGAACGCUUGCUACAAUGCAGUGGACAGACACGUGGAGGCAGGGAAUGGAAACAAAAUCGCCAUAAUACACGACAGCCCUUUUACCUCGACCAUACAAAAAGUGAGCUACAACAAACUGCUAGACAAGGUUUCACAUAUGGCUGGAGCUUUGGCGAAACUGGGAGUGAAAAAGGGCGACAGAGUUCUCAUUUACAUGCCCUUAAUUCCUGAAACUAUAAUUGCCAUGCUGGCUACAGUGCGAUUAGGGGCUGUUCACUCUGUAGUUUUCGGAGGUUUUGCUGCUAGAGAGUUAUGUCACCGAAUUAAUCACGCUGAACCUAAAGUUAUUAUUGCUGCCAGUUGUGGUGUUGAACCCAGUAGAGUAAUUAGAUAUAAGGACAUUUUAAAUGAAGCUAUAGAAUAUUCAUGCCACAAACCAUCAAAAUGCAUAAUAUUUCAACGACGGAACAUCGAGUCUUGUUCUUUGGAUGUUGAAAUGGACAUCCUUUGGGAGGACGCAUUAAAAAUGGCAGGGCCUCACGACUGUGUAUCAGUUGAAGCUAAUGAUCCUUUGUAUAUUUUAUACACUUCUGGUACCACAGAUUCUCCAAAGGGGAUUCAAAGACCAGUAGGUGGCCACAUAGCCACACUGACGUGGACAAUGAGCGCUUUGUACGGAAUGAAGCCGGAUGACGUUUGGUGGGUGGCCAGCGAUUUGGGUUGGGUUGUGGGUCAUUCCUAUAUUUGCUAUGGACCCUUGUUGUACGGAAUAACCACCGUGAUGUACGAAGGAAAACCUGAUAGAACACCAAAUCCUGGAAGUUACUUCAGAAUCAUCAACGAGCAUAAGGUGAACGCCAUGUUUUCGGUGCCAACGGCUUUCCGAGUGAUCAAACGCGAAGAUCCUGAAGCUGAGUUUGGGCGAAAGUACGCUAUUAAUAGUUUAAGGACUAUAUUCGUAGCUGGGGAACAUUGCGACUACGAGACCAAGUCUUGGAUGGAGAAAAUCUUCAAUGUGCCAGUUUUGAACCAUUGGUGGCAAACUGAAACUGGACACGCUGUUACGGCCACUUGCAUUGGUUUAGGGCACAAUCUGAAUCCGCCGAAAUACACUUCUGGAAUGCCUUUCCCUGGAUAUAAUGUGAAAGUUUUGAGGGAGGACGGUACUGAGGCCAAACCACACGAGUUGGGGAGGAUAGCUGUUAAAUUACCGCUACCGCCAGGAACUGUGUCGAGUCUUUAUGAAGCUCCGGAAAGAUUCUGUCAGAUAUAUUUCACGAAAUAUCCAGGUUUUUAUGACACCAUGGAUGCUGGCUAUGUAGAUGAGUAUGGUUACAUUUACGUUACAGCUAGGGAUGAUGACGUUAUCAAUGUGGCGGGUCAUAGAAUUUCAACCGCUGCUCUGGAAAACGUUGUUUUAGCUCAUCCAGAUAUUGGUGAUGCUACGGUGGUUGGAGUACCAGAAGCUACUAAAGGGGAGGUUCCUCUAUGCCUAUUCGUCAUCAAAAAAAAUGCCCGAAAAAAUGAGACGACGAUUGCAAGGGAUUUGAUGAGGAUGGUGAGGGAGUUAGUGGGACCGAUAGCAGCUUUCAAAAUGGCGGUUUCCUGUAAAGCUUUACCGCGCACAAGAUCUGGGAAAACUUGCAGGAAAUCCAUCUCGGAUUUGGCCAAAAACAAACAGAUUAAGAUUUCUCCGACCGUUGAAGAUCCCACAGUUUACAAAGAUAUCAAAGUCACUCUUGAAAAACUGGGAUUCGCUCGUACUGCACCAGAUCCUCAGUAAAGGCGUGUUCAAUUAUAUAACAAUAGAACGAAUAGCAAUAAUUUGUAAUGUAAUGUUUACAAUAUUAUUUUACUAUAAUAUUUAGGUUAUUAAAUAGCUAAUUUUAAUUUAGUAGUUCUGUAACUUAUUACUAUUGUGCUUUAUACUAUACUUAUGUUGGUUAGUUUAUUAGCAGUUUAUUAACAUUCAUACAGUACUGUAUUUUUCUUUAACAAUUAUUGUUUUUUAUUUAAAUAAUAGAUACAUUACAGUAUCAUUUGGUAUUUUAUUUAUUUUUAAAGUUAAGUUGCAGUAGAAAGACUUAUACAGUUCCCAUAGGUCCCACUAUAAAAGAACUGCAUUUCCCUUUCCUUUUACAGUACUGUACUGUGUGGCUCUUUCUAUACUGCGGUUUAAUAUGCUUGCUCCGCCUAGUUCCAAAAAAUAUUGUCUAUAACAGUAUACAGAGAGGUGAGAGGUUGUUAAAUAAAAUC